GGAAGAGCAGCCAACAUGGCGGCGGAGCGCGGCGCGGGCCAGCAACAGUCGCAGGAGAUGAUGGAAGAACGUGGGCCUGUGAACUGGGCUGGUUUUCUUGGCCAAAUGGAUAGUGGAGCAUGGAUGAAGUUGACAGGCAGGUCGAAUCUGAAGAAUCAGGCGAUGAAGAAGGGAAGAAGCAGAGCAGUGGUCUGGUGGCAGACCUCAGUGAGCACAGCCUGAAGGAUGGAGAGGACCGGGGAGGAGAGGACCCAGAAGGUACCCAGCCGAAAGGACAAGAGCUGCCUGUGGAUAUGGAAACCAUUAACCUGGACAAAGAUGCAGAGGACAUUGAUCUGAAUCACUAUCGCAUUGGAAAAAUUGAAGGAUUUGAGGUGCUGAAAAAAGUGAAGACUCUCUGCCUCCGUCAAAAUUUAAUUAAAUGCAUUGAGAAUCUGGAGGAGUUACAGAGUCUUCGAGAGUUGGACCUUUAUGACAACCAAAUCAAGAAGAUUGAGAAUCUGGAGGCUUUGACAGAGUUGGAGAUUCUAGAUAUUUCUUUUAAUCUGCUGAGAAACAUUGAAGGAAUUGACAAGUUGACACGACUGAAAAAACUCUUCUUGGUCAACAAUAAAAUCAAUAAAAUUGAGAACGUAAGCAACUUACGUCAACUGCAGAUGCUGGAGCUGGGGUCCAACCGCAUCCGGGCUAUUGAAAAUAUUGACACAUUAACCAAUCUGGAGAGUUUGUUUUUGGGGAAAAACAAGAUCACUAAACUUCAGAACCUGGAUGCACUUACCAACUUGACAGUCCUCAGCAUGCAGAGCAACCGGCUGACCAAGAUCGAGGGUCUGCAGAACCUGGUGAACCUGCGGGAGCUGUACCUUAGCCACAAUGGCAUUGAAGUCAUCGAGGGCCUGGAGAACAAUAACAAACUCACAAUGUUGGAUGUUGCAUCAAAUAGAAUCAAAAAGAUUGAAAACAUCAGCCAUCUAACAGAGCUGCAGGAAUUCUGGAUGAACGACAAUCUCCUCGAGAGCUGGAGUGACCUUGAUGAGCUGAAGGGAGCCAAGAGCCUGGAGACGGUGUACCUGGAGCGGAACCCCCUGCAGAAGGACCCCCAGUAUCGGCGGAAGAUCAUGCUGGCCCUCCCCACCGUGCGGCAGAUCGACGCCACCUUCGUCAGGUUCUGAAUCCUGCUCCUCACCUGGUCCCUCUUCAGCAGACCUUCCCAGCCAUGGUUUUUUAAUCCACCCGUUGCUCCUGAAAUCGUCGCUAUAGCAACAGUCACAAACCCAAUGGCAAUAAAAAGGCACUGAGUGGUAACUGCCACGUGUGACGCCUGCUCACCACUUUGGGAUGCCGUUCCUCUUACCUCCUGCACACGGUGUUCCUAGUAAUCGUCGAUGGUCACUGUGCCACACAUUGUCCGUUUCUGGGUUUCUUCCUCUCAGAGGGAGGUCACGGCCAUCACCUGAGAAGGGUGACACGGUGGGUCUGAGAGCUUUAAAACAUCCACGUGCUGCCCGGGUGGGCAGUCAGGGGCAAUUCCAGCCGGCCCUCAAGGCCAAGAGCUUUGUAGUCUUUUAGACCAAUUGAUGCCAUUUAAAAAAAAAAUUAUAUGUAUUAGAAAGCAGACAAACCAAUGAGUGGGUAAAGAGUGACUCCGCCCUGUGUCCUGGGACCCUCAGAGCUCUCUUAAAGAGCAGUGGCCGUGUGCCAGGCCUCUGCCAACUGCUGCCCGGGCAUGCCCAGCCAGUCCCACUCAGUCCUCUGAGGCUGAUGUUGCCCUUGUGGUAGAGGGGGAAUGCUUCCCACGCACGCGGCUGCAUUGUGUGCCAACAGAACAGGAGCCCACCCGAGUCUCUCUUCAGAGUCUUUCUCCAAAGAGCUUACCUCUUGGCCACUUAUAAUAUUGCCUCCCAUGCUUACCCCAUCAUUGUGUCAGCUUGUUUUUUAUAGAAUUUACAUCAGUAGUCACCCGGGGUCUGAAUUUAAUGCUACAAGGACCUUGUCUUCUCUCGGGCUCUCAGAUUUUCCCCUCCGCAGAGUAAGGACUGAAUCCUGGUCACCAAGGGUCCCUUCUACCUCUAAGGUUCUAGAGCUGCGCUGUCCAGUAUGGGAGCCACCUGCUGCCACAUGUGGCUGCUUCAGUUCUAAUUUAAAUUUGUUAAAAUGAAACAAAAUAAAUUCAGUUCCUUGGUCA